AUGAGCAUACGGAAACUUCAAAAACUAGUUGGAAUGGCAAGUCUGCAAAAUACACGAGAAGUGUCACUAAGGGCAAAUACGAAGGAAGUGGAACCGCCGACUUUGUACGAACCAUCAUCGUUUGACAAUCUGACACUUGAUUCUUUUUACACCUUACUUAAUAUACAGUUGGAUUCUGUGGAUUUUGUACCACUUGAAAAAUUUCACAGUUUUGCGCAUAAGAAAGCACGACUAUUCGGCUUUAAAGUAGUUGACAGUUAUGCGGUUCCUCCUACGAAGACUUUGCUCAAGCUUGAUAAACCAAAAGAAAGCAAGCAAAUAAAGGAAAUCGUAAUACCAACUUAUCAUCGAUUCUUGCGAUUAAGUAAAGUGCUAACAUUGCGUCUCCCAUUAUUUGUACAUUUUAUGCAGAUUCAUGCUCCAGCUGGCGUGAAAAUGACUAUAAGGGAAUAUAAGGAUUCAGACGACGAAAUUAGGUACAUACCAGAUGAUAUUUUGGAAAGCCGGAAAGCAGAACUCCUUAGUUUAGAUGAUCCAAAAACAAGGAAAUUACUUGGCUGGGAAUAA